CCUCCGCCCUUCCGCUCAGAAAUUGGUCCUCGCCCUUUGCAAGACUUCAGUAGAUCAGCAGGGGUCCACGACGCUAAAUUCAGCCGCUAAAGCCAAAAAGACAACCACAAGCCGGUGUUCUAUGGCACAUUCUCGGGGGCCUGCCUUUCUCCCCUCAAAAGCAAACCAUCGAAACUCUUUACAUAUUUGUUUUAAAAUGACUUCCUAUAUUCAGAUAGGUCGUUUAGUGUGUCCCUUUGACUGAAGGUUUGCCCGUCCAGACUACCUCGAUAUUCAUUAUUCUAGUGGUUUUGCUACUGAUCUGGUUCUGAUUCGCUGGCAAUGGAGGCUUUUCGAUGUACGAUCUUCUUCUACUAGCACAAUGACCACCCUUGCUCUUCCUCCGCUGAAAAACGAAAGUUGGCGAGUCGCGCGUACCAUCACACCGACCGAUGUACUUUAGGCCCAUAAUAGCGAUUACCAAGCCCAUGUCCACCCUUUCUGAAUUUAUGAGCAGACACCAACGAAUAUUCUCUUUCCAGAUGCAAGCCGUUCUCCGUCGAGCCACACUCUUUCCAGUAGCAAAGGAAUACGGAAGGUCGCUUUUUGUUUGCAUCGGAUAUGUUCGUCGUCUCUUUGUAGUCAGCGAAAUAGUUGUUAUUUCUACGACUAGUGUUCGCUUGCCCUUUCCCCAGCCGCGACACAACGCCCGUAACAACAAUAUCGGAGCUCUAAUCCGGUGGAGUCGACAUCGGCUGGCGGCGCUCCAAGCGGAAAUCCGCUAUCGAUUUGAAAGUGGUUGUGAGUGUUGCUAGCUCUCUUAGUUUGUUUGACCGUCCAGGUAUCAGUCCGUUCGCUGAUAAUUAGCACAGCCCAUCGACUAAUAGCAGCUUGAGGCGGCACCAGUGGCUGGAAGACAGUAGCGCUGACUUUUGCUCCGUUGGAUCAGGAUUGAGUGUUCCGAGGUAGCCUGCAAUAUACAGGGGUCACAGGCUAGUCGAAGCCGAACAACAAACGCCCAUCACAGAGCAGAUCGCUCCCUUUUUAAUCUGAAAGAAGAUCAGAUGGCCGAUCAUUCACAGCCACUUACCGUGUCCCUGGGGAUGCGUCGACACCCGGAACAUUUAAUGUCUUGUACUUCUUCUAUUUUCACCUGGACCAAAUAGGAAGAACCCUGCGAAUGUUUAAAUUCGAAACGGUUUGGGAUAGAUCCAGUGUGAUCAUUAGUACAUUCAUUGUAUAAGGCGUCGGUGCUUUAGUGCGCAACCCUGCUCGCGUAAGCAGUUACGCGAAUCAAAAACUUGUACUUGCAUUGAGAGUACUUGUAAGUGGCUGCUUGUUUUUAUUUCAGUUUGGCCGGAAUACUCUGUAUUUGUCUGUUAUUGUCGUGUUUUAUGAGAGCAAGUGAUAGCGCGCACACGGCGCUCAGCUGUUUAUUCUGUUCGACAAACAAAAGGGAAAGAGACGGAAGUCUAAGCAGUCGCGCGGGAAAUACCAGUCCGAACCGUAUCGUUUCUAGUUUGUGUGCUAUCUGAAGAUAGUCGUGAUAGGAAACGUACGUUGCGUAGGAUAAUUAUUCACCGGUGAGAAGUGCAAGUAGCCAGCCUAAUGUUGCCUCAGCCUAUAUUGUGUUCGUCGAUGGUCAUUGUUCCUAUGUGGCAACGUUGCAGCACUGGUCUAGCUCAUUUCUACCAUCAAGCUCCUUGGAAACGCUAGUCGUUCAGGAGUUUACUGAGGACUAUCUCAGAUGUAGUAUACCAAGAUCCACUCGAGUAUUUAGAUGCUGUGACACCAUCGUCUGUGAUAGUGUAGCUCUUUACAUCUAGAGGUCACGACAGCCUCAACAAGAUAAACAUGGCUCGAAAUUUCGCAAGCGCAGAGACCCACCCUCUUCCAUACUAUUUACUCGUUAUUGCCUGUGCGGGUGUUCAUCGGCAUCGUUGCAUACGUGCGCGUCGAUAAACGCUGCUUGAAAUCUGGAAACAGCCGCUGAUUUUCAUGGAACUCGUAAAAAGAGGAUCCCCUAUAGCGCCGAUCCUGCAAAUGAUGAAAUUGUUUGAUGAGUCAAAAGACGGCCACUGACUUCUUUUUAGUUACUCAUCGGUGCUGCUAAGCAGACAGCUGGAUCAGAAAGAACAAACGUAGAGUGCGAAAAUGACGCUUGUUUCGUGACGGCAUUUGUGCUCUGCAGCUGGAAGUUGAAAGGAGGCGAUUCUCAUAUGUGCGUAAAACCAGCGAUGAUGGUGACAAAUCCCGUUCAAUCUGCCAUAGAUGACGUCUGGGCAGCGCCAAUUUACAAGCGUCUAUAUCAAACGGGCCAAUUGCCGGCUACUUACGAAAGGAAAAAGAGCUACCGGACGACACUACUUCAGCGCCCGCAUCGUCAGUGGUUUGUGAACUAAAAAAUUGCGUUUCUCCAUCAAUUGAGUUGCGAGAUGUGGCCACAAUAGCAAAUCAGUCUUUUUGCUUGGUGCGUAACUGACUCGUAGCAUUGUUUGCCCGCAGAGAAAAAUUGGUCGAGACGAUUUUCGUAGUAUUUUUGAAUUUUCGUUUCAUUUAACUUCUUGACGCACAACGAGUCGCAUCAUUACAGCACUGCAUUUUAGACGCAAAUUGUCAAAUGAUUCGUGAGAAAAAGAAGGUGAACUUUCGAUAAGUUUGCGUUGUACGUGCGGGCUGCUGAAAGAAACAAGACAUCGUGCAGAACAAGAAGGAAGUUCUUAUGGAGUUCGGUGUCAAAGCUACAAACAAUGAAAACAUACGAAUUUUACGGACUUACUGACCUUGAUCAAGGUUUGCAGUUGGCUUGUUCAUUGUCUGCGCGUUGGCUGGUUUCACAUGAAAAUGGCGGUCGUUCUAUGUAACAAUCUAUACUAUUUCGAUUCCAGGGAGUCCAGGAGAUAUCAACUGCGGCGGCGAUGGACCUCAGACGGAUGAUGUGCGAAAUUUGUGGAAAUCUUAUCUGUAUCACAUGCAACAAAAGGCACCUUCCCCAAAAAGGAUCAUCUGCAGCAAAGAUCUUCCAACUCGUCCACAGCACUAUGGAAAAGAGUAUCACGGUGCAAUGGAGCGAGAUGAAGCUGAACGGUUAGUCCGCGCGGAAGGUGAGGGGGCUUACCUGGUCAGAGAAAGUUCGAGAGAACCCGGACAGUAUUCGCUUGUCUUUCUGUUUGAUGGUCAGCCAAAAAAUUAUCGGCUGUAUUACACUGAUAACCAGCAUUACGUUGGAAGCAAACGAUUCAAUACCCUCCAAGAUUUGGUCGCCGAUGGCCUGAUCACUAUGUACCUGAAUACACAUGCCGGGGAAUAUAUUCGACAAAUGUGCAAUGAGGUAUCGUACGAGGACUCUCCAUACCUCACGCUCAACCAAAGCAAGAAGCAUAUGUACUACAAAUCGACUCGACGCCGGAUGAAGGACAAGAAGCCACCCGUUCCACCUGUCAGGCGCCACGACCCGCCUGCUCCUCCAGCUCGUCCUCCACGCGUCGAGGAAGAUCAGCCGUCCGUCAUCGAUGGAGCGAAUCAUCAAUACGACGAACCGGAAUUCACUCAACCACCUGUAUCCACUCGUAGCGGCGUGGGAGGCGGUGCCUGCUCAAUGCCUCCGCUAAGUGAAGCCUGCCUAGAAGAGCUCCCUGAACCUCCUUCUGACCUUAUGGAUUCUCCCCCACCCGAUGAUCUACCAAAACUUCGACAUCCACCGAGCAGUCACAGCAGCAAUGGGGCACAUAUGGGGCUAGAAAGCUGCGUUACAGUGAACAAUGGCGAAAGUAUUGCACAACAUCGACGAUCGGAACCCCAGCAACCGAUUAAUCGGCGAUCUUAUGUCGAGGAUCCAUUGCAACAACAGCAUUACCAACAGCCCGUAACAAAUCUACGAAGGCUAGCGGAUGCUCCACUUCCAACAAGCAGCCAUGAAUCUCAGCCAUUUGCUGAAAUUAUCAAGGAUCAGUUUCAGUCUCAACAUACCAGUCGACGGAAUGUGGCCGCUAUUGCUGACGUCGAUGGCGGCAUUGCGCAAGAAAGGCCGCUAAGAAAAGGUUAUCACCAUUAUAACCAGGGAGGAGCUGCCGUCCCAUCGGCGAAAGGCGUCGACCAGAUCCGACAUUCGCAUCAUCAACACGGUCUUGGACACGGCCGAGACCGGGGUCACAACCGAGAUCGAGAUCCUCACUCCCAUCAAGAGCCUCGUCAUCAUCGGCAUUCGCAGCAGCAACAGAAAGACCACCAUCAGAUCCUUGUGCACAAUCAUCAUCGAGAGUCCAAUCACCAGCAACAGCAGGUGACGCAACCGCAGCAUCAGUUGCAGCAGCUGCAACAGCAUCAAAAGGAGCUUCAAAAUCAGCAAGCACAAAAACAGCAGGCCUAUGGGCAUGGCAUUCUGAUGGAUCGAGGUGUUGCCGGAAGCCGGGUACCGCCUUUGGGCUUUCCGCUGGCAUCACUACAGGACAGUACAGCCUGGUCUGCGGACGUUUCAGAUGACCGGGUGACGGCAUUCCACGAAGGAUCGCCUUCAUCAGAAGCUGACGAUGAACGUGACGACAGUGAUGACCAGGAAGAGGAUUUGCCGAAUGCGAAAGACUUCGAGAAAGCCCAUGUUUUCAAGGUUCACAACUUCAUGGGAUUACCAUGGUGUGACUUUUGUGGAAACUUCAUGUGGGGGCUUAUUGCACAGGGCGUCAAGUGUGAAGACUGCGGCUUUUCGGCUCAUUCCAAGUGCUCUGAAAAGAUUCCAAAUGAUUGCACUCCCGAGUCGAAGUUCGUGAAGCGCGUCUUCGGAGUAGAUUUGACAACCCUGUGUAAGCUGCAUGAUAUGGCCCGCCCGUUCGUCAUCGAAAUGUGCAUCAAAGAGGUCGAACUUCGCGGAAUGCAGGUCGAAGGCCUAUAUCGAGUGUCUGGAUCAAAAGACGAAAUCGAACAGUUACAGGCGUCAUUUGAACAGCAUGGCGACCGGACUCCUUUAGACAUUAAGACUUACGAAGACAUCAAUGUCGUGAGCGGUUGUCUCAAGAACUUCUUCCGCCUUCUACCUAUUCCGUUAAUUACCUAUGACACGUACGGAAUGUUUGUGAAUGCGGUUCGACGACUCGAGCUUGACGAUAAAGUGGAUGGACUAAAGGCUGCCGUGAGGUGCCUGCCGCCAGCGCACUAUCAAAGCCUUAAAUAUUUAAUCCAGCACCUUAAUAGGGUAACAGAACACGCGAAGUUAAACAAGAUGUCAGCAGAUAACCUUUCACGCAUCUUUGCGCCAACGCUUCUCCGUUCUCCAGAUUCCAUGGGGAUCGACCUUCAGGCAGCUCUGCAAACCGAAGCCAUUGUCGUAGAGACUCUAAUUAUGAACCACAGAGCGAUCAUGGAACGCGGUGAUUAGUUAUCGUAGAUCGAUAGGUAAAUAUAACACUAACAUGUACUUACAAUA